AUGUCCGACCAGGAUUUUCGCAACGCGAUUAUACGGCUCACGGAAUUGAUUGCUACCCAGCAGCAGCAGAUUGCGGAUCUCAAACGGACGAACGCCAAUCCGACUGGUAGUGAACGAAUCAUCGAGUCUCUCGCAACUGGAAUCGACGAGUUCCGGUACGACCCUGACGGCGGAAUAUAUUUUGAAUCAUGGUGCGCUCGUUUCGAAGACGUUUUCAAGGAAGACGAAAAACAGUUGGACGAGAACGCGAAAGUAAGGUUACUUCUACGCAAGAUUGGCACGCAGUUCCACGAACGCUACGUGAACAGCAUCCUGCCAAAGCACCCCCGAGAGUUCAAGUUUGAAGAAACCAUCACGAAAUUGAAGAAACUUUUCGGACGUCAAACUUCUUUAUUCAACGCUCGCUAUCAGUGUCUCCAGUACAUGAAGAACGAUGCUGAUGAUUAUUCUUUGUAUGCUGCUUCAAUCAACAAGCACUGCGAAGCAUUUCAGUUAUCAAAGCUCUCUAACGAUCAAUUCAAAGCGCUCCGGUUCGUUUGUGGUCUCCAGUCACCACGCGAUGCGGACUUCCGCACACGAUUGAUAGGCAAGGUAGAAGUAGAAGAAUUCGCACCCGCCGUCGGUGAUGGAGCUGGGACAAUUCUGACGCUAGAAAACCUGGUGGAAGAAUGCAAUCGGAUCAUCAAUUUUAAACAGGACACCAAAAUGAUCGAGAAAAGUGAAAACGACAAGCACGUCAACGCUAUCGCUCAUCAUCCGAAACCUGCUAGCAAGAAGAAGAUUCCGAAAACACCCUGCUGGUUGUGUGGAGACCCGCACUAUGUCAAGGAGUGCUCUUAUCAAAACCGUUAUUGCAGCAAGUGCAAGAAGAAGGUUCACAAGGAAGGCUAUUGUUCCUCUGCUGAGCAGAAGUCAUCCAGGCCGGUCGACAAACCAAGGAAAAAGGACACGGUCAAGUCCAAAGGCAUCACAUUGGUUAAAAAAGUCGACCUCUCAAAGAAACGAAAGUUCAUCAAGUUGAAUCUCAACGGCUUCCCGAUCAAGUUGCAACUAGACUGUGCGUCAGACAUCACAAUAAUCUCCGAGCAAGUCUGGGCAAAGAUUGGCAAACCACCAAUUCAAGAGACUGAAGUUGUAGCUGUCAGUGCAUCCGGAGACGAGAUUGGUAUCAUCGGUGAACUGCUAGCAAACAUCACUGUCCAUGGCAUCACCAGAAUAGGCCGAGUUUCUGUUUCAAGCAAACCGGAUCUCAACGUCUUCGGCAUCGAGACGAUCGAUCAAUUCGAUCUCUGUUCCCUUGGCCGUUGCACCAAAGCACAAGUGAAACUGUACCUAAAACCCAAUUCACGCCCUGUGUAUUGUCCAAAGAGGCCAGUGGCCUACGCUGCACUUCCCAAAGUUGACGCCGAACUACAGAGAUUGCAAGAUAAAGGUAUUAUUUCACCAGUUCAAUUCUCCGACUGGGCGGCCCCCAUCGUGGUUGUUCGCAAGGCUGACAACGUCUCCGUUCGUGUCUGUGGUGAUUACUCCACGGGUCUCAACGACGUGCUGAAAUCCGAUUGCCAUCCUUUGCCGCAUCCGGAAGACAUGUUUGCCGAGCUAGCUGGUUCCCGAUUUUUCUCGCACAUCGAUCUCUCAGAUGCAUACCUCCAAGUGGAAGUCGAAGAAGAAUUCCGUAAGAUGCUGACCAUCAACACUCAUCAAGGAUUGUUCCAGUGCAACCGUUUGCCGCCCGGAGUCAAAUCCGCCCCUGGUGCUUUCCAGAGAAUCAUCGAUAGUAUAGUAGCCGGCAUUCCAGGUGUCAAACCAUAUCUUGACGACAUCAUGAUUGCUGGAAAAACUCAAGAGGAACACGAUCGCAGCCUUUACGCUGUUUUGGAACGAAUUCAAGACUAUGGAUUCCAUCUCCGCAUUGAAAAGUGCCGUUUCUCACUUCCACAGAUUAAAUUCCUGGGUCACAUCAUUGACAAGAAUGGUCUCCACCCUGAUCCUGAGAAGACGCGCGCCAUUUCCCAGAUGCCAGCCCCGAAGAACAUUUCGCAGCUGCGAUCUUAUUUGGGAGCAAUCAACUACUAUGGACGAUUCGUUGGCCAAAUGAAAGAGCUUCGUGCGCCACUGGACCGUCUGCUGAAGAAGGACGCUCGCUGGGAUUGGACCGCCGAAUACCAGAGGUCUUUCGAACGUUUUAAGACAAUCCUCCUUUCCGAUUUGUUGCUGACUCACUACGAUCCAGAUAAGGAAAUCAUCGUUGCCGGUGACGCUUCUAAGGACGGUUUGGGUGCAGUAAUUAUGCAACGUUUUCCGAACGGCCAUCGCACACGCUUCAAGGUCACUGACACCAGCUGA